CAAUAACGUCAUUAUAUCUAUCAUUGAAUUCGCUACCUUUGCUAUUAGCAUACUCUUCCUUCUUCUUCUCCAUUUCACUGAAUACAAAAAUUUAAUGAAAAAACUUUUAGAAUGGUGAAAACUCCAUUUUAAAUAACUUAAAUUUACCCAUUAAAUAUCAUAAAUUUUGUUUGAGAUUGCUCUUUUUCAUCCUUCAGUAUAUUCAAAACUGUGUAAUCACUUAAGGGGUUCGUGAUGUUGGAACAUAUGAGCUUGAUAUGAAAAUUGGACUUCAUGCUCUUAGUUUGUAUGGGAUGAGGAAGUAAAUGUUCCUCAUUUUGUCACUAUUUUUGAAGUAGACAUUACAAUAUAGAUAACAAUGUUGUCUACAACUCGCAUCUAAUCUCGAAUCUAUAAAAUUACAACAAUUGAGAUAUACUAUUUGGUCCAAAACUUUAUGUUUUAGUAGGUAUAUUGCUUUCUCUCAAAUGAAUGAACUUGAAGUUAAAAACAAUAAAAGAGUAAAGGUAGGUUGCUACCUAACUACUAUUGUCUUUGAUGUUGUAUAAUUCUUAUAAAAUUACUCAUUGUAAUCUUUUUCAACUUUUCUUUGGAAAAUUUCAAAUAGUAUGGCUUUUAUAAUCCAACAUUUUUUAAAUAAAAGUUGAAACGAAUGAGUUAUAGUUCACUGAAUUUACGGGAAAUUGAAAAACCCUUAACUAUAGCUCUUGAGAUUUAUGUCAGUUGUAAGUAAAGGAGGAUAGCAAGAAAAUAAAGAAAUCACAUAUUUACAUAGUUCACUAACACAACAAGUGUAUGAGAAAUAUAUAAUACAUCUCCAAACGGAUUAAUCCUAAUCCAAUCCGUGACUUCUAGUUGACAACAAAUAAUCCGAGUUAUAAUAAAGAGGGAUAAUGAAUACCUCAAAACCUCACAAUAAAAAAAAAAUAAUAUGAACACACCAAUCUAUAUACACACGUCAGAACCCUCGGCUAAAUUUUACAAAAUCAUAUUUCCUACCUAAAAAUAAUAUAAUAAUUGGUUUAAUAAUGUUUUCCUAAUAAAUCUCGUUUUCCAUUCAUAUAAUUAACAAAAGUGUUCGGCUUAAAGGAGAAAAAUAUCCUUCCUAAAAAUUAUUCAGAAGGCUCGAAAUUGAGAAUUAAACACCUUCUAGUGGAAAGGCAAAGUAGGUUAGCUGUUUUAGGGCGUUAAUUUCAAAUAUUUAAGGCGUUAAAUAAAAAUUCAAGUUGCUUAUUGGUCUGUUAAAGUCGGUUUGGUCUUUCCACAAAGCCACAUCUCGGCCGUAGAAAUUGAUAUCCAAGGGCGGGUAAAACAUGGCACAAAUAAAUAAACUAAACUAAAAAAUUGUUAAAACCGAAUGCGUUUUCUGACAGCAACUAACCGGCUCUUUAUUUCCGUCCGUACCCGCAAACGAAGAGCUCCGCUUCUUCUCUCUCGUUCCCCCCUCCUUUACCCUACUUCCGCAGUCUACUCGAUUUCCCGCUCGAACAUCGCGGUUUCCGGUUGAUUUGUCUGGAGCAACUCCGCAGUCGUUCGAAUUUUUCACCCUCCGGAUUGAGAUUCUCGUUGCGGCCGAGGUCCUUGCCUUACGCUUCGGUAAUCUGCGGUCCCGGUCAGGUGAGUUGCUUUGCUCCAAGCGAGUAGCGUAGGAAGGUUUCUAGAUCUCGUUAUUCCAUAGUUUUCCGAAGAGCAUAUUAUGGAAUUCUUAGUCGAAUCGUGCUUCGUGCCUUAGAUUUUCGUCUGUGCAUGCCGGUGAUCCUGCUCUUGAUUUGUGUUUACCGUAAUUUAGGUUUAGAGUUAACUGGUUGCUUCUGCUCUUAACUCUACAUUGUGUUAAUUCUUGGGUCUUCUUUUCCCUUGAAGUUGCGCCUUCGUUCGCUGGUAUAUGUACUCGGGAGUUUCUGCAGUACAGGAGAAAGAGAACAGCCUAAGCGUAAGUUCCAACUCCCUCAAUGUCUUAGUUAAGCUCCGUUUAUAUGAAUAUGUGAUGCUUACUAUAUCAAUACACUCUGUAUGCGAGAUUAUGAAAAACUUAUUUGCAUUGCUGCGAUAAGACCUUCAUCUCUCUGUUUCUUAAUUUGGCUUCGUGUAAUUGAGUUUUCGAUUUCUGUUACUAGGUUGUCUAAUAUCAGUUGAGUUGAAAUGGGGCUUGAGGCUGCCAAAGAGGCUGAACCACUGGAAAGAGGUGGUCUUCAAUCCAGCUAUUCUUGAGCUAGUAACUUGCAUUCUUCAUCUCUUAUAUUCAGGUAGGUGGAGAAUGUAUUCUGGAAUCUGUUUUUUGUGAGGAAGGUUGGAUUAAAUAUGCUUGCAUCCAUCAGAUUGAUUCUGAUGGAUGAAUUGAUCGAGUCUUAGAGCCAUGUUAGUGUGUGGAUGGUGUGACUCGAGAGAUAAAUGUAUUGUAGAAAGUGAAUCACAUUUUUGUGAGGUUGUCUUUUGGUGUCCUCAUAUCUGAGUUUUGUUUCCUAUUUAGUUGAAUUUUAUCUGUGCAAGCGUACUGAUUCUAUGGCUCUUCAAUAAAGUAGUUGCCACCACUCAUUCGUUAUUCUUUUUCCUUCUAGUCUAGCUUUUGUUUUGUGUUUUUGAUGAUGCUUUCGUUGUUUUAAGUUCAUAGACGGCAUUCAUCUCCUAUGAAUAUUGCUCACUCUUGACAGUUUUCUUUUCUGCAGACCCACUGUUGGAUCUUUUGUUGUUCCUCGACUUUCUUCCCAUCAUUGCUUCAGCAAUUACUUCUCUCACAAUACUUCAUGGUAGGUCACUGUUCACUGGAGAAUCCAUUCUUAAUUUGAAUAGAUACCAAAAAGAGGAUUGGAAAGGCUGGAUACACGUUUGCUUGCUAUGGUUGCAAUGUUUUUCAACUUGUGAUAUGAUGGCAGAACUUCCUAUAGAUUGUAUAUUAGAUUGUAACAGUUGCCAUUUAUUACUUCUGUAUAUUAUCACAAAAAACUCUUUAAGCAUUGCCAGUAAGAAUUAUUCUUCCUAUCAUUGGUGUCAGGUGCUGUUUUUUAUGUAUCAUUACUUUGCUGCAAUAUGAUGCCAUCAGAGUGUUUAUUGCUGCAUAUGUCUGGAUGACUGGAUUUGGUAACAUCUUGUAUUACUAUUUGCACGAGUGAUAUGGCUUUGUCACUUGUGUACAGGUAAGAUAUCUAAAUUCUAAGGUACCGUAAAACUCACCUAAACAAACAAUCUCACUUCAGGAUAACUUUUUAACAAUUAUAGCCUAAUGUUUUCAAUCAAACCUUAUACUCCUAAAAGUUAAGUUUGAACUCCUAGAAUAUCUUCAGUUAAGAGUAAAGAUCCAGCAAUCGCACCCUCUUACAUGUUAAAUUUCAUUUUACAAAUGGGAUACAUGUUUGAUUAUUUUGGUACAUAGCAGAUUCAUACCUCCUGCCUACCCUCUCAUCAGCAAAGUAUCAUUGAUAUCAUACCAGUUGUAAUUUAAGCAUAGAGCACUUUUGCACUCUCAGCUUUUGACGAUCUGGGCAUUAGUUAAUUACUCGACUCUCUGCUUCUUUCAAUACACAGUGUUUUUAAUUCGAAGGAAACAUGGCUGCCAAAAAGUGUGUUAUUUCUCUGGAGUAGGCUGAUUUGAAGGGGAAGAGAGUGUUCGGCAGCGUGGAUCUCAAUGUUCCUCUCGACGAAAAUCAAGAAUGCUGACGACACCAGGGUGCGCGCCGCCCUUCCCUUCAUCAAGUACUUGAUGAAUCACGCUGCCAGAGUCAUCCUCUUCCUCUCACUUGGUAUUUGAUCUUUUCCCAUCUCAGCAUCAAAUCAAUCUGUUUCUGUUAGUUGAUCUGGGUAUUUGCUUCUGUAUACCAUUUGUGUCCUUCCACUCUCCAUGAUCCUUCUGAUCGUUGACCAGUAAACUUUUUUUCUGUUAUAGUGCUUGUGUGUGUAAGAUUUGAUAUCACUUAUUUGAAUGUUCCACGAAUUAGUGUCGUUGGUUUUCCAUAUUGGAUAUCACUUACUAUGUGCGCAAGUGAUAUGGCUUUGUCAGGUCUGUACUGGUAUUCUGGUAAGAUAUCUAAGGUACCCUAAAACUCACCUAAACAAUCACUUCAGGAUAGUUUUUUUUACCAAUUAUAGCCUAAUGUUUUCAAUCAAAGCUUAUAAUCCUAAAAAUUAAAUUUGAACUCCUAGAAUAUCUUAAGAGUAAAGAUCCAUCAAUCGGUGCCUCCUACAUUUUAAAUUUCUUUUUACAAAUGGGAUACAUGUUUGUUUAGUUUGGUAGCUAGCAGAUUCAUACCUCCUGCCUACUUUUCAUCAGCAAAGAUAUCGUUGAUAUCAUACUAGUUGUAAUUUAAGCACAGAGCACUGUUUGCACUCUCAGCUUUUGAUGAUCUGGGCAUUAGUUAAUUACUCGAGUCUCUGCUUCUUUCAAUACCCAGUGUUUUUAAUUCUAAAGAAACAUGGUUGUCAAGGAGGGCGUUAUUUCUCUGGAGUACGCUGAUUUGAAGGGGAAGAGAGUGUUCGUCAGGCUGGACCUCAAUGUUCAUCUCGACAAAAAUCAAGAUCUAGGACGGUACCAGGGUGCGCGCCGCUCUUCCCUCCAUCAAGUACUUGAUGUUCACGCCGCCAGAGUCAUCCUCUCCUUUCUCUUGGUAUUUGAUCUUUUCCCAUCUCAGCUUCAAAUCAAUCUGUUUCUAUUAGUUGAUCUGGGUAUUUGCUUCUGUAUACCAUUCGUGUCCUUCCAUUCUCAAUGAUCCUUCUGAUCGCCUGACCAGUAAAUUGUUUUCUUGUUAUAGUGCUUAUGUGUAUAAGAUUGGAUAUCACUUAUUUUGAAUGUUCCACGAAUUAGUGUCGUUAGUUUUCCAUAUUGGAUGUAGAUUUUGAGCCAUUUUGACUUCCCGUUUUUGUUAAAUGUUCGUGGUUUAUUGAAGCCAGUCAUUAGAUUUGUAUCAGAAUAAGAUAGGUUAUAUUGUUGUCUAAAAUUCAAAUGCUGAAAUGCAUGUGUGUAUUGGAUUCUCUGCCAGCAUUGCCCAUAGUAGUUAAAACCUCUUUCUGGAUUCCCCUGCUUCAGCAGCCCUUCACUCUAUCACCCCUGCUUAUAUUUUUUUUUUGAUAAUGGUGAAAACUUACAUUAAAGAAAACCCAGAAAAUAGAGUCAAUAAACAGAGACAGAACAGGGAUCAAGAGAUCAAGAGGAAUGAUCUCAACCAUCCCUGCUUAUAUUACAUGGAUCACAGCCACAGGGCUCCAACAAUUGCACUCGUACGUGUUAAAUUUCUUUUUACAAAUGAAAUACAUGUUGGUUUAGUUUGGUAUUCAGCAGAUUCAUACCUCCUACAUACUUUCUCAUCAGAAAAGAUACCAUUGAUAUCAUACUAGUUGUAAUUUAAGCACAUAGCACUAUUUGCGAUCUGUAGGUUCCCUUUCUUUUACACAAACACCUUUUGCACUCUCCGCUAUAUGACGAUCUGGGCAUUAGUUAAUUACUGGACUCCCUGAUUAUUUUAAUAGUAGUGUUUUAAUUCGAAGGAAACAUGGCUGCCAAGAAGUACGUUGGGUCUCUGAAGGAGGCUGAUUUGAAGGGGAAGAGAGUGUUCGUCGAUGUGGAUCUCAAUGUUCCUCUCGACGACAACCACAAGAUCACCGACGAUACCAGGGUUUACUCUGCUGUUCCCACCAUCAAGUACUCGACUCCUCUCCUCUCACGUGGUAUUUGAUCUUUUCCCACUCUCAUCUUCGUUUCAAUCUGUUUCUAGUAGUUGAUCGGGGUUUUUGCUUCUGUAUACCAUCUAUGUCCCUCCACUCUCAAUGAUCCUUCUGAUCUCCUUGUGAUCAUUGACCAGUAAAUGAUUUUCCUGCUAUAGUGAUAUGUGUUCAAAAUUGGAUAUCACUUGAUUCAAAUGUUCCAGGCAUUUGUGUCAUUGGUUUUCCAUAUUGGAUGUAGAUUUUGAGCCAUUUUGACUUCACUUUUUUGUAAAAUGUUUGUUGUUGAUCGAAGGCGGUUUUUAGAUCUGCAUCAGGGGCAAGUUAUUUUCAGUGUUCAAGAAGAUGCGCCUAGGCGCUGGGCAAGGGAAAAUCGUGGAGUCUAGCUUUGGGCGAAGUGGCUGGGCGUGCAAAACGCAGAAUCGUGUUGAAAAACUCUGAGGCGGCGACUAGUAGCUCGAAGUCGCGAUUCCUUGCUGUUGGGCGACGCCCAGAACAUGAGAAGGGGGAGGAGAUGCUGCUGCGUUUGGCCCGAAAAAACCCUAAUCCCUUUCAUUUCCAAUCGGGUAGCUGACGAGCAGCUCUCCCUCCCCCACAGCAGCCGUUGUAGCUCUCCCUCCUCUCUAACCAACCGCCGCCAUUGUCCCUCCUCUCCAGCAGACCGUCACUGCCGUCUCCAGCAUCGCAACAGGGUCCUCAUCGCAAGCAUCUAUUGCGCCUCGUCCUCGCCGUCAUCGCACAGUCUUCCUCCAUAGCUGUCAUCGCCGGUCUUCAUAGCUGUCGUCGCCGAUCGCCAUCAUCUAGUUGUAGAAGGUUUGUGACUCACUCGUCAUUCCAUCUCUCGUUUGGUGGGUUGACGAAUGAUGAAUAAUGAAUUAAUGAUAAAGGGUAGUAGGGUAUGCUGCUGAUUUAAGCUGAAAGGGGUAAUGGUAUGGUGGAUUAAGGGCUUCUUAGUUCAUUUUUUUUUAACGUUUAAUUUCGCGUAGGCGAUGAUUAAUUGCCCUCGGCGCUGGGCCGUGCCUCCCCUCCGCCUAGUUGAUGCCUAGCGUCUUUUUGAAAAUUGGUUAUUUUAUAUUCUUUUUAUCUGAGUUCAAAUGUUGAAAUGCAUAUAUUUAUCGGAUUCUCUGUUAGCAUUUACCACAGUAGCUAGAACCUCUUUCAUGGUUCCCCCGCUUUAGCAGCCCUUAUUUCAUAUUCUUUUUAUCUGAGUUCAAGUGUUGAAAUGCAUAUAUUUAUCGGAUUCUUUGUUAGCAUUUACCACAGUAGCUAGAACCUCUUUCGGUGUUCCCCCAAGUUUGGUACAUAGCAGAUUCAUCAUUGAAAUUUGUUGGUAACGAAUUUUCAGAUCAGGCAUUCCAGAUCAACUAAAAUUAUUGUUAUCUCUGAUCUAUCUCAGACUACCCACUGCUGAACCUCAUUCUACCAGUGUCAUAUUUGUUGUAGUAAGUAUAUAAUGUGCUACGCUUCCUGAUGGUUAUUAUGGGUAAUCUGAAACAUGUUUUUGUUGCUUCCUCUGUAGGUUCCUACAAGAUUCUUUGAGCUGGCAAAUAAGUGGCUGAUGCACAACAUUAUAACUACAUCACUCACUAUCUGAAUAUAUUGUGUACCUUCUUGCGUGCGAUCUUUCUUAUAGACAAAGUCCAGCUACUAAUACUCAACUUUUGAAGGGUGCAGCUAGACGGUUACGUAGAUGCGAGUUCUACUUGGUCAGAAAAGCUUUGCUGGUAGAAGGCGAAUUCUACCUACAACUUUUUCUUGUAGUGUUAUCACAACCUUUGUUACUCAACAUUGAUCCAUGCUAUUCAAAUAAGGUGGUUGUGAUAACUCUGCAUUCAAAAGUUGCAAGUACUAUUUGCCUUCUACAGGUAAAGCUCUCAGUUAUUCGGACUUUUUUUUAAUUUAUUACAAUUGAUCAUCUGAACAAUAUAUCUUUAAGCCAUUAAGCUUAAUUCUCGUAAACUUCUUUUGUUGAAGGAAUUUACUUGUAGAUGGCUAGAGUGCAUCUAACCAUGCAUGAAACAAUAUGGCAAAAUUAUGAUUAUAAAUGGUUCUUGGACUUCAGAUUUGGGAGGAUAUUGGCUGCUCUUGAAUGGCGGGUGGACCUGAAAAUAGUUUUCUCAUCUAUAACUUUUAAGGCUACCCAUUAUAAGUUUGUCAUUUUUGCAUUAUUAUUUUUCACUGAUUUAUAGGCUAUCUAUUAUAAUUUUCGCUUGAUUCAAUUAUUCACUUAUUUGAAACCUAUUCAUCACAUUUUUUGGUAGAUAAAUUUGAAGGCUAUUUCCCAUUGCUUUUUACAGCUAUUUAUUACAAAUUUGCCAAUAUUUCAAGGCUAUUUCACAUAUUUUUAAAUUUUUUGAAGAUUAUUCUUCAUCGGUUUCAAAACUAUCCAUCCCAUAUUUUUGUCAACUUUUUAAUGUUAUUUUUUACUGUGUAGUGUGUAGUCUAUCGUUUAUAGAUUUUGACCUUUUAUUUAGGUUAGUAUUAAGCUAUUUUCAAGCCUAUUCACAAAAAGUUUUGAAACUUUUUUUUAAUAUGAUUUGUUCACCGUUUCGAUGGCUAAACAUCAUAGAUUUUGCCCGGAUUUUCUUGAUAGCUGUCUUCACAAAAUUUUAAGGUUAUAUUCAUCUUAGAUUUUGGUCGAUUCUUUUGAAUACUAUUUAUUAUCCAUUUUGAAGCCGACAUCACAUUUUUGUCAAUUUUUUGGAAUGCUAUCUUUAAAAGUCAGAUAUAUCAAAGUUUGAUCGAUUUGUUGGAAUGCUAAUUUUUUCGAUACUGAAGGCUAUCCAUUAUAAAUUUUGGUCGAUUUUUGGAAAUAGUAGCAUUGAAAUAUUUUUAAGGUUAUCCAUCACAUAUUUUAUCUGGUUCUCUUGAAUGUUAUUAUUUGUUCAUUUUGAAUGUUAUUCAUCAUGGAUUUGGUGCUUAACAAACUUAAUCAUCAGUGAAGAAUAUACUCAGGUGAGAUCCGAGAUUCGUAGCCUUCAAAAUUCAAGAAAAAUGACCUUUCGAAAAAAUCUCCAUGACACCACUUUGGAAUCUGCAAAAAAUGACUUCGGAAAAAAUUUGCAUAAAUAGGGGUUUGAUGGACUUAAUCAUCUGUGAAUAGCCUUGAAAAUCUAAGGAACUUAACAUUUUGAAAAUCACCCGAAUUUAUGAUCUGUAACCAUUACAAAUGGGUACUAUUAAAGAUUUCGGCCGUGGGCUUAUCUUGGAUAAAAAAAGAGAUUUCGGGCGAUUUUUUGGAAAUGCAACUUUCUUUCGAUUUUGGAGGCUACUGAACAUGGAUUCAACAUGAUGACUUUUCUUCAUCGAUAAUGUUGUAUAUUCGUCCUAUUCUCCACCGAUGAUUUGGUUUAUUGAUUCAAACAAAUUUUCAAAAUUUUAUUUUCUUUCGAUUUUGAUGUUACAAAUCAAGGAUUUAGUCGAGAUUAUUCUUUACCAAUAAUGUAGUGUAUUGAUCCUAUUCCCCACCGAUGAUGAGGACUUUAAGCACCGAUUUGUGCAAAUCUAUUUUCAGGUCAAACUUUCAUAAUUUUUUGGGCGAUUUUUUACGAAAAAGGCCAAUGUUCCUUGGAUUUUGAAGGCUAUAGAUCACGGAUUCAUCCUGAGUAUAUUCUUCAACUAUUAUUAAAGUACAUUAAGCACCGAUUUGGGUAAAUUUAUUUCGGGUCCAUUUUUGGCAGAUUUCAAAUGGGUCAUACCAAAUUCGGGUGAUUUUUCGAAUUUAAAUUUUCUUUCGAUUUUGGAGGCUAUAGAAGACGGAUUCAACCUGUUGCUUUUCUCCACCUAUAAUGUUGACUAUUGAUUCUAUUCCCUACCGAAGAUUGAGUCCAUUAAGCACCAUUUUGAGCGCAUUUAUUAUUAGAUGGUAAUUUCGUAAUUUUUAGACGUUUUUACUCAUACUAUAAAAUGACUAAAAAUUU